CGCUUGCUGCCGCCGUUGUCACCCAGCUCUUCUCCUAUAUGAUUGGCAAGGGCAUCCAGUAUGGAUACGUGUGUACAGGCGAGGCCUUCGUCUUCCUACACAUUCCAGAUGAUCCCACUACCGUCCGCUAUCACGCAUGCGUCCCCAAUCUGGACGUCUUGGAUAACGACGUGAAUAGACUUCACCGUACGGCUGUCGCGCAGGUCUUAGCUUUUAUCAUCCAGGCCCUGCGUGUCGAGCCGCCUCCUCCGAGCUGGCAUGACGCGGCUGCGGCCCUCGACACCUGGGCUGUAGAAUAUGACGACGUACUGAGAAAAAUCCCCGAAUCCGUACGCAAGGGCAAGCAAGCUCUCGCCGCUCCCUACAAACCCCAACGCUGGCGAGGCUUCAAGCGCUCGCCGAUUCAGACACGCUCUCGCUGCAAGCAACCCGACACGAACACAAGUCUAAGGGACGAUAGCAGCGACGAUGAAGAAGACACUCGGCCUUUCUCUACACCAAGUCGAUCAACUCGUCCUAACAAAAACGCCAUAACUUUGUCAACAGGCACAGGCUCGACCGACCGCCCGUUCUGCACUUCAAAAUGCCUCCGAGGAUUGGUGUAUGGCGGUCCAAUGGACAAGACCUGUCCUAAUUUUGAAGAUCAUGGACACCAUCACAUCAAUCGAGAACAAUUCCUCCGGUCCAUCCUCAUUCAGCUCGCUCAAGACCGCGGCCGCGAUGCGGACGCCGUACCACUCUACCUAUCCGGGUCGAUUGGGUCGCUUUUCAAGGUGCGGCUAUUAUCCUCGGGCUACACACUUGUUGCCAAAGGCGUUGAGAGGGUUGACCUUGGUCGUCUACGACACGAGAACGACUUAUACGAUCGAUUGCAGCCCAUCCAGGGGACACAUGUACCGGUAUGCCUCGGUAGUGUGGAUCUAGUCCUCCCAUACUACUACGGCAGUGGUGUAUUUGAGCACUUCUUGUUCCUCAGCUGGGCUGGACUGCCUCUGUUUGACUUCAUCAACCGAACUACCAAGGCCGAUAUUGUGAAUAAGGUUACGGCAGCUUACAAGAGAAUCCACAGGCUGCACAUUCUUCACCAUGAUGCGGAGCCGCGCAACAUCAUGUACGAUCAAAAAAGUGGCAACGUCAUGAUUGUGGAUUUCGAGCGGGACGAGUUCCGUAGUCGUCAACCCCUAGGCCCACUCGGCCCUAACGCGAAUCAGAGGAAGCGACGGAGAACACAGAAGCAAGGAAAGGAUGAUUUCGAGAAAGAACAGGAAUCUGUCACUGGAAGCUUCUUGAGGCUGAUGAAAUGAAACC